AUGAUGCUCCACAGACAUUUCGCCGUGCUUCUCGUAGCAUUUACGCUGGCUCCCGCGAGCGCAUCAGCACAGCCCUCCGCAUCCGCAUCCGCUGGCGACCCAGUGGUGACUACCUCUGCAUUCUCGAUCGGAUUCGACUCUCCAGAUUCAAUCACCGUGCCGUCCCAAUCCUCCUUGUUCCAUUCCUUCUGGGACAAUCUUAGCCGACACUGGACAGAAGCAGACAGCACCAAGCAGACCUUGAUGGCCAUCCUACUCAUCGUCCAGCUUGUCUUUCUCUUUUACUUUGUCAAACGCUCGCUCGACAAGAUGUUCGGGCGACGCGCAGAGUACCGCAACCAGCGUACCAAGCGUUUUGCACGCAGAGCGGCCGUCGCUGCUGCAGGUGGCUCCUCGAAAUAUGGCAUCCCUCUCAGUCAUCAGCGUCCGCUCUACCGUCCGGAUGUCAAACCUCAGCUACCACCUCGACCAUCUCAGAAUCACCCUCUACUAAGACCUUCAACCUCAAGCGCAUCGCAAGCAGAGUUCCAGACCACUCACACCGGCGACAUUGUUCUCCCCUCGUGGACAGACGCAGGUCCCACUCCACUCAAAGUCAUCGUCGAGGAGCCCGACGAAGAGCUUGUCCGCAGCAACUCUCCCUUGUCUGCACGACCACACUCGCCCGCAUCGCCUGGUCAUGCCGACACUUCUCGGCACUCGUGGUCCUUCGCUGCCGCCUCGCCUAGAGACAACACAUCCCUGAGGUUGAGGGAACGCAACGACUACUCGAUACUUCCUUUCAACAUUGAUCGCUCCUCCACUCCAGACACUCGCCUCGAAGAGGUCAGGCGGCCUUUCACUCGCCCAAUCUACAGCGACGAUCAUCUCUCUCAGCCCCCAUCACAUCACUACUAUGUAGACUCUCUCUCGGCACCGUCUACUUCGCCUGCCUGA